UGCCCCCUUGCAGCCAGCAGGAGGAGAAGGAGAGGGAGCAGAGAAGGAAAAGGCGAAGAAAGGAGAGGAAGGAGGGAGGGAGUUAUGCAAAGACGGAGGUCACUGGGUAACAGUGCGCUUCUGUCCUGGAGCAGGGAGCAGCGAGCAGCAUCUGAGUGUAAGGAAACAAGUAGCAGGCACAGAGGAACGGGACUCACUUAUCAUCAUCACCACCACCAGAGAUUAGCAACAUCUCCUGCAGAGGAGCAUCACAUAAAACACUGCCUGCCCCAUUACUUACCAUCUGACUUACACCUCCUGCAGCCAGGAACUACAGUCCUCACAGUGUUCUAUACAAACUGUAACUGGGUAUCUCCUAGCAUAAGCUAUCAGUCUCACCCUGAUCUCCGUUCCUUCCCCCUGUGCUGUCUACUUACUGAACCUGGGAGGGGACCAUGGCUUCAUCUGCCAGUGGGAUGGAGGAAGUGCGCUCCUCGGUCCUCACCCCUCUGAAGCUGGUGGGACUUGUCUGCAUCUUCCUGGCCCUGUGUCUGGAUAUCGGAGCCGUUCUGAGCCCAGCCUGGGUGACGGCGGACAACCAGUACUACCUGUCCCUGUGGGAGUCUUGCAAGAAACUAGGCAACGACUGGAAGUGCGAGUCAACAUUGCAGAGCGAUUGGCAGAUUGCGACCCUUGCCUUACUACUCGGUGGUGCUGCCAUUAUUCUCAUUGCAUUCCUUAUCGGCUUAGUCUCCAUUUGUGUGGGAUCUCGCAGGCGGUUCUACAGACCAGUGGCAGUCAUGCUUUUUGCUGCAGUUGUCCUCCAGGUGUGUGGCCUUGUGUUGUAUCCAAUCAAGUUCAUCGAAACCGUCACUCUAAAAAUAUACCAUGAAUUCAACUGGGGCUAUGGAUUAGCAUGGGGUGCAACUAUCUUCUCUUUUGGUGGUGCUAUACUUUAUUGCUUGAACCCGAAGAACUAUGAGGACUACUACUAGUGCAAGGAAAAAAAACAAAACAAUCGGUUUCCUCAAGUUUUUGUACCUUCCUUUUCUAGAAGAUAAGUGGAGCAUCGAGAAAUGUUCUCAGCUGUUUUAAACCCCCUUCGCCUUUCAGCUGCCAAUAUUAUACCCAGCUUUACAUUCAUCCAAAAGAAAGAAGAAAAUGCCUAAAAAAUAAAAAUACAAAGAAUGAGUGAUAUCAAAAAGUACAUGUUAAUUGCUGCAAUUUGUUACAAUAUUAACUUUCCCCCCAGUAGAAGUAAAGAAACUACUCAAACUUUAUUACUGUAUAAAUUGGAUAAGCAAAUAUAUACUGAAAAGGAUGCCCAAUUCCUUGUGGAAAGCUUCUAACAGAGAAUUCCUAAGAAAUUUUUCCCAUGUUAUACUGCUGAGGUCACUACAUUGCUGGCUUGUGUUCUGAGGAAACCUAAUGCUGUGAAAAUACAGAUGGAAGGAGAAUAAGCAAACAUGGUUCAUAACAAAAACAAAUCAGAAGUCAAGGUUUUCAUCAGUAAAAAAAAAUUGUACACUAUAGUAUAUCAUGAUUUAGCCACAUUUUUCAAAAUCUGAAGGAAUAUGCUUAUAAUUAGUGGCUAAAUAUUCACCUUUACUCUGAAUUUCAAAACGAGGACAUCUGUUUUCCAUGAAAAUAAAAUAAAGAUAGAUUUAUUGGUUUCCUUUGAACUGAAUAACUUAGCUAAAGGAUAGCUAAGCCCCAAGAGAGCAAGAGAGAGAUUUUUAGCAACUAUUUUUUUGAAGAAGAGUAUGUUUGUAGAUUGUUUAACAUCAAUAUUUUAAUAUACCAUUGCCCUCAGUGAAUAUUUGGCAGUAAUGUAAUUCAAUAGAGAAUUAAAUAACAUCAUGUGCUGCUAACUCUAGAAUAACAAGAUACACUUUCAAUUGUCAAAUAAGCUCAGCACAGUGUCUGCAGCUAUGUCACACAACAGCAAAUAUAUUCUGAGUCGUAGAGAUGAUCAUAAAAAAUAUAAUGCAAAUCAUCAUGAAUUUUGAGGAAUAAAACUUUAAAGCAUUUAAAAUGAAAGUUCUCAUUGGUUGCUGCAUAAGCUAUGAGUUAUACACUAUAUUCCUAUCUGAACUUAGAUAUACUGUAUAGAGCAGCUAAUGUUAUCUGUUAUGGUAUGCAUUGGUUUUCCAGAGAGUAGAUAUGUACAAUAAAUAAUUUGUAUUUAUAACAGUUGCAGCAUUUUUGCUUACAGUAACUGCAUUUGAAUACACGCACAUUCUUGUGUACACAGCCCUGUAUAAUCAAAUUAAUAACCACCAAACUGUUUAAGGAAAAGAUGUAACAGAAGUUCAGUGACAGGAAAUCACUACAUUAAACUGCUUCUGUUUUUAGUGCAGCCUUUAUUUUUUUAUUUGAAAUGAGUUAUAUUUUAGCGCUUUUUACUUGUUACCUUUAAUAUAGGUUUCAAUACAGGUGUUAUUUUGUAAGAAAAGCUAAUUAAAACAAAUACCCAGAAAUUAAAAUAAAUGACAAAUACAAUAUUCCAAAUAAAAAUUCUAUUUUUAAAUUAAUAUUAUAUAAUUUGUGCUCUUAAAGGAAUUUUUUUUUAAAUAAAGCCACAGCUUAGACCCAGUAGACACAGAGGAGAUCCAUUACUAGUCGUUCACCAUUCUUUUUUGAUAAAUAGAAGGUGGCCCUAAACCAGUCUGUUGCCAGUCUGUUGCCUAAGCACUUAUGGGUUUUUGAUCAGUCUAUGACUACUGCUGUGAUUUUUAUUUAAACCUAACGUUCCCAAACUCCGACACUACAGUCCAUGUAUUAAGGAUAUCCAUGCUUUAGUGCAGGUGAUUUAAGACCUCGAUACAUCUAUGAGAUGAUUCCCCAACCCUGCCGGGGAAUAAUCUCAUAGCUGUGUGGGGGCCUUCCAACCCUGCCGGAAACCCUAAUUUCCCGGUCCUGCCAGAAUUGCUGAUCCACCAUCGAUGAUCAGUGAUCAUUUGGGGAAUCAAGGAAAGUAACCAUGUUAAAAAUGCCUGAUUUGCAGAUCCUGUGUCUGGUCAGGAUCAGGGAAUUGGGAAGUUUGUUUAAUAUUCCCGAUCCCCUGACCCGGCCAUCGGGGGAUCAGGGCAUUUCCCCAAUAUAUGUCAAAUGUAUGGGUGCCUUUAAUUAGCACCUCAGUCAAUUUGAUUUAUCCAUCUGGAUUCAAGUAUGAACAUCCUUAAAACUUGGACUGUAAUCUGAAACUCUUAACUAAACUAAACAAAUGCAUUGUGUAGUAAAUAGACUACUGUAUGUACUUUUCUCUAUUUUGAAUAAACAGCACCAUAUUAACCUUAUUACACUGUAACCAUACUUGCCUACCAAUGUUGAGAAAUUUUCUGGUUCCCACCCAAUUGGCUCCUCCCUCAACUGCCUGAUAUCCAACUCACAUCACCACCUAAAAAGUGUGCAAGUAAGCCCUAAAAGUAGGCAAGUAUGACUGUGACCUGGGAGUGCACUAUUGCAGGCCUGUAGGAUAAGUUACAUGUUUUAUUCUGUAUUUAUGUCGGACAGUGUAGAAUCAGUGCAACACCAAAGAUUGCUAAAGCUAUUCCCACCUAUAGUGAUGUAAGAAAAGUGCUUUACUUUUUUUUAUCAAUAUAGUAUUUUUGCCAAGGGAAAAUGUUGAUCUGGCUGUCCGACAGGCUUUGAAAUGCUUGUGCAGAAUAAUAUACUUUAUAUGUAUACUGCCUGAAAAGCAAAUAGGAUAUUUUAGGGAGAUUGGGCAUUUCAAGGCUUGCCUUACUUUACAUAGCAGAACAUGGGUUUUACAUGCCUCUAAAUAUGGGAUUAAAAGUUUAGGCUCGAAAAAUAAAACAAUUUCUCAAUUCAACACACAAAGUAAAUGUAUUUAGAAUAUCUAUAUAUAUAUAAAAUAAAAUAUAUGCUGGGUCUUUCCUCACCUCCUGACCCCAUAGCAAAUCCACCACCUGUGGGUCCUUUAUUGCACUUUAUCUAAUUUGUACAUGCUCUCCAAUGUAUAAGCACAUAAUAUUUUUGAUAUUGUUUGUCACAGAGUGGUAAGGUAUGCAGUGCUAUUGCUUAGGCUGUAGAUAGAGAUAUAUAUUACAAGUGAAAAAGCACAUAUACAGUAUUUAGUUUCAUGUGUUUCAAUUUUCUGUCGGUCUAUUAAGCUUACAAGAAAUUAUACUUUAACAUGUUUAUUAAAAUACUGCCAAAUGUGGAUACUGUAUGUUUAUUUUUUAGUGAUUUAACUAGAUUAGCUGAUACUGGAAGUGUCAGUGUGCCAUUCUUUUGGGACUCUAAAAGCGUCAGUCCCUGAUAGAUUCUAUUUCAUAUCUAACAAUCUGUGAAUUCUGGGGACAGUUUAGGGACUUAAUUUGUGUCCCUGAUCCACAGUUGUACAACGUUGCGCUAAAAAAAAGAAAAAAAGAAAAAAAAAAAGCUCCUUAUAUCUACAGUAUGCUCAUUCACCAUUUUCUCCCUUCUAGAAUGUAUGUUUUCAAAGUAUGAUUAAAAUGAUAAUCACAAUAGCAUCAAACUUGUGCCGAGGUUACUUGCUAUUUUGAGAACAAUAACACUGCAAUAUGAUACAUAAUUAAAUAUUAUUGGUUGCUUAAUAACCAUUGUUAACAUUGUUUAUAGCAGCUGACCUUUAUGUUUUUAGUUUAUACAUUUAAAAAACUCCUUUAAGAAAAAAAAAAAAGAUGAAUAACCCAUACAUAAAAAUCAAAGCAAAUAUUUGGUAGGUUGCUAAGGCUUGUAAAUUAUUUCUGCUGUAAGGACAAUAAAAAAAGUCCCUAUAAAACUGAAGUAAAACAUUAGAACACAUUUAUAAUACAAAUAAAGCAUCAUCAAUUCCAUAAAAUGUAUAUAUUAUUAAGACAUAUACAUUGCUACAUCUUACUAUCAUAUAUAUCCAGGACUCAAUUCACCUCUUACGCUUGUGAUACGAGACACAAGUGGAUUGGAUGCUGGCAGUCAUAAGAAUGACACCGGCAUCCCGAUGCACAGAAUCCCUCCCUCCCUAGCCCCCCUAAUCCUCUCUUCCUAUAGCCUAACCCUACCCCCCACCCCAGCAUCCUAACCCUAUCCCUCCCCAGUGGUGCCCUUCCCGCAGCUUAACACUACUCACUUUGCUCAGCCCCAUAGUCUCUACAAGGAUGAUAGGUUGACAGUUAAAAGGUUGACAAGCAAUACAUCAACACCAAAUGGUCAACAUGCAUAUGGUCGACAUGGUCAAAAGGGCGACAGGUUCAAGUGGUCAACAUGACAAUUGUCGACACAGAAAUAUGGUCAAAAUUAGUGUUUUUUAAAUACCUUUUUUUUAUACUAUACCAUCCAUGUGGACUAUGAAUGGGAAUAAUUUUACAUAAAAUAAAACUAAUGUUGACCUUUCAUGUGUUGGCCAUUUCAAUGUCAACAUUUUGACCCUGUUGACCUUUUGACCAUGUUGACUUGUGCAUUUCGACCAUUUGGUGUCAACCUAGACAUUAUCUACCUUUUGACUGUGAACCCAUUGACCGCUAUCCCUCUACAAGAGGUUUCCAAAACCAUGACAAAUAGAUCCUUUUGGCUUACUGUAUGCUGCUCUUGCCUGUUAUCUUUUUUUCCAUAGACACAAUCCCAGUGAUAUGGUUUCCUAAUGAAUCAUUUUAUGUUCAUAUGAAUAAAAUGUUAAGUACUGUAUAGUGUUUCUCUGCUCAAGAAAAAUAAUUCAGUUCUAAAAUAUUAGUAUACCUAAUAAAUGUGAGCAACAACUUAACCAAAUCAUUUCACACAUUAGUUAUAAUAAUGUAAUAGGCACUUUAAGACAGAAUUCAGCAGCAUUAGAAAAAUACAUCUAAUACUAAAAUCAAUAGUUCUAAGAGUCUCUAGAAGUGAGACAAGUAUAUAAUAGGGAAUAGUACAUAGAAGUUAAAUGUAAGUGAAAUAUAGAUGGAAUAAAAAUCAAUUUCCAAGAAUGCAGAGAAAUCCAGUGCAAGUCUAAAAUAAUUACAUUAUAAGCAUUAAAAUAUUGUAAAGACUAAAUGUGUUAAAGUUGCCUGCUCUGUGGACAUAGGAAAUAAAUCAUAGUGGCCUUGACUUCUGGAAGUUUGGGAGACCCCAGAAUUUCCAGCGCUUCUCCUGUACUCGAGUGUAGACCAGCUUCACAUAUAGGCUCAUUUCCCCAAUAAAGUGGUUGGUCUGGCGACCUGAUGAAAUGAGUCACAGUGAAUUGCAUCAUAGUACCUCCUCUCCCUCCACGCAGCUUCUUGAUGCUGAUAUUUAUAGUACUGGGCAGCAGGAGGUGGUGCUGCAAUUAUAUUUUUGUCUGCACUGUACACAGUCACCUCCUACUAAUGCUUGCCCACAAGAAUCUCCCAAGGGGCUUUGACAACAUUGGCAAGUAUGGAAUAGAUUGCUUCAAACAUUUUUUUCCAAGAUUUUCAAUUUCCGGGCUUAUUGUAUGACAAUUAUAAUUAUUGAAUGAUAUACUACACAAUGCUAAAAUAAAUAAACCAUAAAUGAGUUUUACUUCACAGAGGUAUAACAUGCAAUAUGUUUUUGCUUUUUUUCUCACACAUAUGCUGUGAAAUGUUUACUUAUGUAGCUUUUUUAUACUUUCAUUUAUUCAGUUAGUGAUGCUUAUUGCUGUAGUAGGAAUUUAAAAUGCAUUAAGAAAAAAGAGCUAUUGUGAGAAAUUUUAAUUUGCAUCACAUACACAGCAUCACUCACCUAAAUGCUUAUAGCACUACUGUGUAUAAUUUUUUAUAAAAAAAAGUUUAUAAAUUAUUCAUUGUAUCUGGUACAUUUACUUAGUUUUUCAAGUAAUAUGGUACUUAACUAAACUAGUUAUAUACUAAAGUUAGUUUUUCAAACUUUGUUUUAAUCUAUGUGAUAUAGUCUAUAAAACAUAAAGGAAGAUAGUUAUUUUAGAAAGUAAGAACUUUAACUUUACAAUGAUGAAACCUAGAUUGUAUGCAAAAAAAAAAUUAAACGUUGGUAGGCAAUUUUGCCUUGUACCUAUUGUUGUAUAAUUCAACCACUGUCUGUUCUACUUUAGAUAAGCUUUAUGCUUCCUUGUAUAUUUUCUAGUUGGUAUGUUUAUUGGUCUGGUAUUUGGUAUUCAUUUUAGCCUUUAAAACACAUCUGGUUCUUAUUUCAAUUUAUGUAGUUCAUACAUAUUAUGAGCGAGCCAACAGGGCUACAUUAAUUAUACAGAAUUAUAUGGCAUAACAUGUUUAUGUGCCAACAGUACAUAUCUUGCUUCAAACUCUUGCACAACUAUGUUAAACUUUUGUAAGUUCCAUAAAAAAAAUAUAGAGAGAGACAUUGUGUUUGAAAUAAAACUGAUAUAUAUAUAUGGAAUAGCAUGUGACUGUAUAAUAUUAAACAUGCAAUGAUAUGACUGAAAAGUGAAGUCCAAUCUUAUAGCUAGCAAUGUAAUUUAUUCAUACUGUAUUUUUGUACAGGACAGUAUACACUAACCUAUUGCCUCUGUGUUCUCUAUAAUGCCUAACACUGUGCCUAGAGAUUUCAUUUCUGUCUAGAAAAUAAAAUAUAUUUCAAGCUGUU